AUGAAUCGAUCAUUGAUCAUCUCUGAUGAGAUCCUGGGAUAUGGCUCCUCCGGCACGAUCGUUUUCAAGGGGAAUUUCCAAGGUCGUGCAGUAGCUGUAAAGAGGCUAUUGAGAGAUUUCGUUGAUGUUGCGUCCAAGGAGGUCUCGUUGUUGGAGUCUGCUGACAAUCAUGCAAACGUAAUCCGAUACUUUUACAAAGAGGUGACCGAUUCAUUCUUGUAUAUCGCCUUGGAAUUGUGCCCUGCAAAUCUUGCCGAAGUUAUUGAAAAGCCAAACGAGCAUCAAUCUUUGAGCGCCAUUCUAAAACCGAAAAAGCACUCUCGCAAAUUGCUUCAGAUGCUCUUGUCAGAUUUUGGGCUUUCGAAAAGGCUCGACGGAGUUGCACAAAUGAGCUUCAGUCAAACAGUAAACAAUCCCGAAGGAACUUUUGGCUGGCGUGCUCCAGAGAUCUUGCGUGGUGAUGUCAACCUAGAUGCAGGUGCUGAUACGUGCGAUAGUACUUCGUCCUUCACUUCCGUAAGCGAUCAAGAAAACGGUGGCGAGUCAAAGCGUUCAGAAGAUCGGAAACGAUUGACAAGAGCAAUCGACAUCUUUGCAUUAGGGUGCUUGAUGGAGAUUGACCUUCAACGUUUGGAUGGAUUGGGAGAAGAGGGACAUGAAGCUCAACGUUUGAUCUGUGCAAUGACCAAAUAUGAGCCUGAGCAAAUGCCAGAUGCCUUAAAGAUUUUGUCGCAUCCAUACUUUUGUGACUCUUAUCGUAGGUUAUCCUUCUUGCAGGACGCAAGUGAUCGAUCUGAUAUUAUGGAGCGUGAUCCUCCAGUCGCUCCCCUCGUCCUCGUGACACUGGAGGCGAACGCAGUGGACAUUGUUGGAAAUGAUUGGCAUCGUCGAUUGGAUCGACAAGUGAUGGAAGACUUGAACAAGAGAAGGAAGUAUGACCCAAAAAGUAUUGCCGCUCUCUUACGUGCAAUUCGAAACAAGAAACAUCACAUACAGGACUUGCCCCAUAACGUGAAGAAACUCUUCAAAAUCGCAGGCAGUGGGACACUGGUCGGAAGUAUCAAGGAGACGAGCACUUUCAUCAUCGGUGCUAGAAACGUUGCCGCCAUAGGCAGCGAAAACCAAUCGUUCACCAGACUUAGCAAGAGCAUGAGCUAUACCUAA